AUGUCCGAAUAUAGUCAUCCGAUAAAUACUUUGGACGCCUUGUAUAAGAAAGAGACGCUCACCGGCAACGCGUACUCUUCUACUUCCGAUAUCGAAAAACCAUCGCCGCAUCUCCCUACAACAGCCGACCUAGCACCUCUCAAGAUCGAGAUCACUUAUCCCGAGGGUGGCCGCGAUGCCUGGUUGGUGGUAUUGGGCGCAUGGUGUGGCUUGACCUCGUCACUGGGUAUCUAUAACACAUCCGGCAUGUUCGAGGUCGUUAUAUCCAAAGUGAUAUUACCAGAGGCUUCCUCCUCUACUCUUGGCUGGAUAUUCUCAGUCUAUGCCUUCGUGAACUGGGUCUGUGGAGUACAAAUUGGACCGACCUUCGAUGCCAUGGGCCCGCGUGCAUGA